UAGUAUCAUAACCUUAAAUUAUACGUGACAUAAUAUCCGUAUCUGUUAGUAAAGUGUAAUAAAAUGUUGUUUUAGUAUAAAUUCAAUUAUCUAUAUUUAUUCAAUUUGGAACUUAUAAAAUUAUGUAGCACUGUGUAAAACACAAUUGUGAAAAAAUUAUAAAACAAAAAAAAUAUGGAGGCUAUAUGGUAUAAAUCGGAGCUAGCCGAUGAAAUAAUUAAAAAUAAUGAUAUAUUUAAUCAAACCCAAAGCAUAAUAGCAGAUGUUGUUUCUGGAAAAUUGGAUAUCACUGUCCUGGUAGAAAAUAUGGCUGGUGUGCUAACCAGCAAAGAAGUAGAAGACAGAGAACGAGGCAUGAGGUUUUUCACAAAAAUCUUAAAGGAAAUUCCUGCUGAUUAUUUGACAGAGAUGCAAAUUAAAUUCAUAUCAAAAUUCUAUGUAGAUCGUCUUAAAGAUAACCACAGAGUGAUACCGGCAGUUUUAGAAGGCUAUUUGUCUGUUAUUGAUAUGAAACAUUAUAACGUGCAAAGUAGUGGUGAAUAUCUCACUGCUUUAUUCCGGGAGGUGGCAUGCCAGUCACAAGUAAGGCAAGAUAGGUACAACAUAUACCUAACUAUUCAAAAAUUGUUUGGCAAGAAUGUAGAAUACAUGAAAACAUUAGGCCCGGAUUUCGUAUAUGGAUUCAUAUCGUCUAUGGAUGGAGAGAGGGAUCCACGAAACUUGCUUUUCUUGUUUAAUUUCUUACCGAACUUCCUAAGUAACAUUCCAUUGGGACAUUUAGUUGAAGAAAUGUUUGAAGUUAUAUCAUGUUAUUAUCCCAUCGACUUUCAUCCGUCUCCUGAUGACCCAGCAGCUGUGUCGAGAAACGAUUUAGCUGCUGUAUUAUGUCCUUGUUUAUGCGCGAUUCCAGAGUUUGCUGAACAUUGUCUUGUAUUAUUAAUAGAGAAACUGGAUUCUAACCUUCGAGUAGCUAAAAUUGAUUCUCUUAUGCUAUUGGCAGCUAGUUGCAAGACCUUUAAAUAUGAAAGUUAUGGACCAUUUUUGAAAGCAUUGUGGUCUUCACUUCAAAGAGAACUUACACAUAAAACUGACGACGAGUUAAAGUUAGCUGCUCAUGAAGCUCUAUCAGCUUUAGUAUCAAAAUUGUCCACAAAAGCAGAAACAGAUCAAUCAUUCGAGAACUUCAUUAAAGGAAUACUUAUAUCCAUGCAAAGUGCUAUAGCCGAGUCUUCAACUGUUAUUCAGUUUAUGGAAGCAGUGAAAAUAUUAUUAACGGCCGCCAAUGCUUCAAACCAAUCAUGCGUUCUGAUAAUAAAAGCGAUGAUACCAGCCAUUUUAGCAUACUAUGAAUUCAAGCCUUUGGUGAAAUUACAAAUUUCUUGUUUAGAUGUUUUAGGUGAUAUGUAUGAAUUGGCUGAUCAUUGGGGGGUUUUGGAUGAAAUGGAAAAAGAGGUAAAUGAAAUACCACAGUUAUGCCUUACAGCUGUGAGUGAGAGGGUGAAAGACUAUCAAGUAUCUGGCUUUAAAACUCUAAUAAGAGUUAAAAAUGUUCUUCACAUAGAUUUGGUGCUACCGUUUGUGGAAAUUCUGAUCUAUAACAUUCAACAUUCUCAAGAUAGCGAAAUAUUGAGUGUUUGUGUUGAAACAGUACAUGCUAUAGCAAGGAAAUAUCCAGAGCUUAUUAUGACUUUGGUCGUAAAGGGAAGUGUGAUUUGGAAAACCUAACACAGGACAAAACAGCGCUACAAAAAAGACUAGAUCUGCUCUCAAAUCUUGCCAGUAUAGAUGAUUUUACCAAAAUAUUAUAGAGGAAAUGUUGAAAGGAAUAAC